AUGUCAAGUCCGGGAAGUGCCAGAAGCGUGCGGCAAACCGACUUGGAGCGCGCUGUCGAUGCUGUCCGAUCAGCGCUUUCGUCGGGUGUUGCCCAAAUCCAUGGCCAAGUGGUUGACAAUGCAGAGAGCCUUUACCGUGCCCUUGAUAGUGAUGGCAGAGGCAUGCUGGAGCGAGAAGAAAUACUUGCAGGCUUGACGGAAUUGGAUUUGGGAUUAGAGGAUGAGCUCACGCAAUUUGUCGAAUCCAUGGAGGUGAACGCAGAGCAAUGUAUCGAAGUGGGUGCAUUUUUGCAGGCCAUGAAUCUCGACACGGCCCAGAAGACCCCCAAUCCGCUGUUCCAGCACCCGCGCAAGGACGAGCUCAGGGCUGUCGUGGUGGCUAUGAAUGACAAGCUGAAGCAAGGCAUAACAGUCUCUGGCUCCAAGGUCAAGGAUGGCAAGGGCUUCUUCAAGGCACUUGACACGGACAACAGUGGCUCUCUCACCAAGGCAGAGCUUUCAAAGGGUCUAAAGAGGUUGAAGAUGCCAAUUUCCGAGAAGCUGCUGGACGAUUUGGUGAGUGCUGGCGAUGUGAACCGAAGCAGGCGCUUGGAGUCAAAAGAGUUCAUAAGACUCUUGGAUCCAUCUUCAUGGACAGACUCCGACAGAAGCGAGGAGGACGAGGAUGCUCAACGUGAGAAGAUCUUAAAAGAAGUCACUGGGAAGAUCAAGUUCACCUUAAAGGCAGGAGGACGCACAUUGUAUGGCAAAAGGGUCACGGAUGCUCGGACAUUCUAUGAGGCCGUGGACAGAGACGGUAGUGGAGGGCUGGAGAAGGACGAGCUGUUCCUAGGCUUGCAAAGGCUCGGCGUGACCGUGCCAGAACAUCAGAUCCUGAUGCUGAUCAAUGCGCUGGAUGGCAACAAGAGUGGGCUCGUCGAGCUGCCUGAAUUGGUGCUGCUUUUUGACCCAAGCGCCGAUCCCGAGCAGCUUAAGCAAGAGGAGGCAGAACGUCUGUCCCGCUUAGAAGCAGAGCGGCAGGCUUCACUCCCGAGCGAAAGUGACAUGCAAGCACAGAUGGCUGAUGUUGUGUCGCAGAUCACUGUGCAGAUGCAUACAGAGCAAACGCUGUUUGGAACGACUGUUAAUGAUGCCAGAAGUUUCUUCAAUGCCCUCGAUCAUGAUCGGACAGGCACGCUGGACAGAGAUGAGCUUAAACAAGGCCUGAAACGGCUUGGCGUGGCUGUGCCAAGCUAUUUAUUGGAUCCCUUGUUGGUGAAAAUGGACACCAACCGGAACGGGCUCAUCGAGUUGAAGGAGGUGUUGCAGACCUUUCGUGUGUCUUCGGAGCCUUCGCAGCCUUCGCAGCCGUCGCAGCCUCUUGACGAGCAGAAGGUGAAGGAACUCCGCCGCAGGUCCAUCGAGCUGGGUUUGACACUGCGAGAAGCCAACGCCGUCUCCCCCGAGGAGCUGCAGGAGCUUUUGGAAGGCGAAGGAACGCAAGGAACGCAAGGAACGCCAUCCGAAGGCCCUGAAGGCACAGCGCAGAAGCUGAAGCGAGAGCUUCAAGAGAAGGAGCGCCUCCUCGAGGAGGCCCGCAAGGAGAUUGAGCGCGAGAAGGCGCAGCGUGCAGCAGAGAUGGCGGAACGACAAGCGGCCAAAGCCCACGAGGAAGCCAAGGCGAGAGAGGCACAAGCCGAGGAGCGCAACGCAGAGGCCUUGGAGCGGGCCUCCAUGUGGAGAGAAGAGCAAGCACUGUUGCAACUCAAGCGGUUGCAGGAGCGGAAGGAGCUGGAGGAAAGGACGCGGAUGGAAGCCGAAGAGCUGCAAAUGCGACGAGUUGUGAUGGAGAAGGAGAAGCGGCUAAGAGAGAAAGAGCAGCUGGCGCGGCGAAUCCAGGAAAUGGAGGAGCGCCAGCGUGAGAAGUAUGCUUCCAAGAUUCAGUCACUGUGGCGAGCAAAGCGGGUUCAACGAGCUAUCGAGGCUCAGAAGAAGCUUGCAUUCGAGAAGAGGCGACAAGAGCGAUUCAUCCGACAACUCGAACGAGUCCAAGCAAGGAAGCGCGUGGAGGAACUUGAGCAGAAGAAAAAGGAGGGUGCCGCAAUCUUGAUUCAGAAGCUGCAGAGAGGAAAGUUGGCCAGGAAAAACUUUGACAAGGAGCGGCGUGCUGUAGAGAUGAAGAAGCAGAAGGAGGAGUUUGUGAAGCGGGUAGAAUGGGCAGAGGAGAUUAAGCGAAGACAAGCGGCGAUAAAGAUCCAGCGCAUGCGUCGGUCACAGCUGGCUCGUCGUUCUGUCUUGGAAGAGAUCAGGCGCCUCAAAAAGGAGAAGCUAGAGAGAAAGAGGCAGCUGGCGAUGGACAAGGCAAAGGAGCGAAUUGCUAUUGAGCAAAGGAUCAAGGAAAUGGCAGAGCGACGAAAGGCCAAGGCGGUGACGACAAUCGCAAAGGUGUGGCGUGGCUACAAAGUGCGUGUCGAGACGGCGCGGAUCAAGCAGGCCCGUGCGACGGCAGCGCGGCUCCGUGAGCAGCAGCGCCAGGAGGCCAAGGCCUUGAGGAAGCGCGAGGAGCGAAUCGAGCAGCGCCGUCGUGCAGAGGCGGAGCGGCGCCGGCAGGAGGAUUUGGCCAAGUCCAUUGCCCGAGACUUGGAGCGCAAGUGGCAGGACAAGGCUGCCAGAAAGAUCCAGGCGGCGAGGCGUGGUCAGCUGGAGAGGCGACAGCAGCUGCGGCUCCGGGAACUUGAGAAGAAGAGGAAGGUGGCCGAACGGAACGAGAAAGAUCGGGCACAGCGAGCUGCCUUGGCAGCUCGGGAGAAGGAGGCCAAAGCGAAAGCCUACAUUCGAGAAAGAGAGAUCAUCCGGAGCAAGUGGGAGGACUUGGAGGAAAGGAAAAGGCAGCAGAUCAUGGAAAAGAUCCAGGCCGUUGUGCGAGGCUUCAUGACUCGGCGCAAAGAGAAAAAGGAGAAGCAAAGGCGCCGGCAGGAGCGUGAUGCAGCCAAAAGAGGCCGUGAGCUUCGUCGCAAGGAGGAAGAAGAUGCCCGCAAGAAGGAACUGCUCCUGAAAGACCUCGCGUGGAUCAACAAGAAGUUAAAGGAGAUGGAGCAGAAGCGUCUUUAUCGUGCUGCAGUCCGAAUUCAGGCUUACAUCCGUGGCACCUUGUGCAGAUUCUCUUUCAGGAAGAUGCUUAAGGAGAAGCGCGCGAAUGAAGAGGCAGAAAGGAAGCGGAAAAAGAAAAUGCUGGAGGAGGCGAAAAGACAACGGAUCCAGAAAGAGGAGGCAGAACGCAAGGAAGCUUUGCGCAAAGAAAUCGCCGCCACCAAGAAGAAGCUAGACGAGAUGAAGAUCAAACGCCGCAAGGUUGCUGCUACAAAGGUUCAAGCAGUCCGUCGGGGACAGCUGGCAAGGCGAGAGUACCGCAGGUACAAGGAGGCCAAGCGGAAGGAGGAUGAAGAAAAGCAGAGGGAAGAGAAACGGCGGAAAGACCGUGAGAAGCAAAAGAAGGAGGAAGACGCUUACUUCGAACGCAUUCGCGAGCAGGAGAAGAUUCGGCAGCAGCGACGACGCGAAGUCGAACAUGCCAGGAAGCGCUACGAAAAGUUCCAGGAGUACCAGCUGACCCGGGCCGCCUUGAUGAUCCAAGCAGCGCGAAGGCUGCAGCUGGCAAGGCGUCGGGUCGUUGAAGAGAUGAAGAAAAUCAGAGACAAACUUGAAGCAGAGCGACAGGAAAGAAGGCGGCAAAAAGCAAUCGAGAAGGCCAAGAUAGAGCGCCGCUUGAAGGCAAUGGAAGAGAAGCGGCGCAAUGAUGCUGCCAUGGUGAUUCAGGCACGUCGCCGGCACCAAGUCCAGAAGCGCGCUCUUAUUCUCGACAAGCAGCAGAGGGCCAUGGUGAAGCGAAACCUUCGUGGGGCAGCCAUGAGGGACCUUUUUGCAGGAGAGGUGCCGGGACCAGCGGGACCAGCGGGACCACCGGGACCCCCGGGACCACCGGCACCGGGACCUGCACCGGCCUCACCCGCAGGUGGGCCCGCUGGACUGGCAUCUCAGCUUCCGGCACUGCCCACAGGGCAGGUUCCCCAAGUGGCAGCCAGCACAAUGCAGUUUAUGCAGUCGCCCUACAGCCCUGCACAAGCAGACACUGCAGCAUCAGCCGCAUCCGAUUUUGGGGACGGGUACUUCAAUGAAUUCGGCCGAAGCCCCGAGCAUACAACACCCCAUCCAAUGCUGCCAGCCAGUUGUGGAGGGCCUGGUGGGCCUUCAGGACCAGCCACGCCAGCUACGCCAAGUGGCGUUUCUCCCCAAGGCUUCGGACAUCCGGGCUUUCCGGGACAUCCGGGCUUUCCCGGACAUCCGGGACAGCCUGGACCCAGUAGCCUGGAGCCGCUCCAAGCCGCUCCAUACCGAUCUGGUGCGGCCUCGCAGGCAGAUCCUCGAAGUGCGCAGAUGAGUUUGCAAAGGCAAGCCAUGCUUCGUCGCGCCGCAGAAUUUGCGGCAUCGCAGCAGCGCCGUUAA